AUUCAAAUGUAAAUAAUAAAAGCUCUGUCCGUAGUGCUCGCUCAAUGUUUUGUUCGUAUCUCCGUGAUUUACCAAAGUAUUGUGUUCAUUGUGUUAGAUUCGACGCAGGGCCAAUCCAAACGAUCAAGGUUCAUGAUGGUUCCCGAAAAGGAAGGACGUGUUCGAUCAAUGGCAGAACUCGCUCAACUUACAUUCCGAAGAACCUGACCGGCUAUUACAACGGUUUGUAGUGUGCACAUUGCACUUUAAGCCCUCGGACUACCGGAACUCCAAAUCGCGGAUGCUAAACGCAGUGGCAGUUCCAACAUUGGCCUGUUAUGACAAAUCACCUGUCUAUGAUCCACCAACCACUACUAUCGGUUCUGCUGGAAAGAAACGUCCAUUAUGCAUCACUCAGAACGCAACGGAACAGAUCGGAAGCUCCGAGCAAGGGGAUGUGCCUACCAUGGCUAGUGCAUUGAUUAUUGAACCGGUGGAACCAAUUGAAGCCCUUGAAGAUGAAAACACGAUAUACUACAUAGAGGAAGAGGCUAUUCAAACAGAUAGUGGUGAUGUCGAAUCUAAUAAUGAUGACCAGGAAUCUCGGGUAAGUGGUCCCGUUGUUGAGGUUUCUGAUUCAAAACGCGUAAGAUGGGAAAUUCAAAUACAAAAUGUAAGUGAAGACGCUUCCAAAGAACUGACUAGCGAACCCCUUGUGACGGUGGAAACAGUCGGCACAUCGACUCCUCGGGUCGAGUAUCAACAUUCGUCGGUUCAAACUGACGAUGUCGAAAUAGUCUCCUCGGAAGAUCAGUUGCAACGGCGCAUGGUGGAACAAUUCUAUCCGGAGUAUGCCGACUGCAGUCGAUUGGACCUGGCAAUGCGGCUGAAGGAGAGAGACGAACGGUUAGCGGAGUUGACGAAAAAGUUGUCCAGUUUCGAGACGGCUCACGCAGCGAUGGUGAAGUCGAUGGAGGCAUUCAAAACGCUUGUGGACUGAAUCAUUUUCUGAUAACUUUGUAGUACCGGGGAGAGCUUGCUGAAUAUUGUGUAAGAUGUACAUAUUUUUUUAGUACCUGUUAUGAUUGAAAUAAACGUUUCAUAAAGUA